GUGAAAUUUAAGUUCGGUGAACCAACAUCUUAGUUUUUGUGAAUCUUAUACAUCAAGUGAUAAUGACUACGUAUUUAGUUGUGAAAUUCCGCGACUCCACUAGAGCAAAUGAAGUAGUUCCAGGCUCAUGGUUUCGUAACGGAGAGUGUGCUUUGCCUCUAAAAAAUAUUCGCCGUGCCGCUGAAGAGUGCACAGUUCUCAAAACGGCAUGGAGGCGCCAUGCUUGUACUAUUGUAUCAACUCACGAUUCUUAUCAAAAAGCCUUAAAAAGAAAAGAAGAAAUGGAUACCUCAGAAUCCGCUGAAGCAUUUAUUAGCAGUUGUGGGAAAAAUCUAAGAUCGGAAGGAUCCAAAAGGAUUCAGCGUCAAAAGGAUGCUAUUGCUCAACGACCAAGUAUACAGUCAUCGCUGCCGGCUUUGCACUUUGUUUCUCCAGAUGAAGAUGAUAUUGAACAGGACGUGGUCGAAACUGUCGAGCUAAGUUGUCCUGUAUUAUCCAAGGGUUUGAUAGCAAAUGUUUCGUUUGCUGGUGAAUCUGAUGACAGUAUGCUGGAGGACAUUGCAAUUACCAAAACAUUCAACGACGGUCCCGUUACACGUUCAAAAGUCGCUCAUUCCCCCUGUCAAGCAAUAACUUUCCCUCGUACGUCACAAGAGAUUUACCAGCCUAGGACCAGAACACCGCCAAGGGUUUCGCCUGAGCGACGUACGUCUUUCGAAAAAUAUGUCAUCAGAAUGCUAAAAAAUCAGAACCGAUACUUACGUGUUAUGGCUAGAGAAGUUGCCGAAGUAAAAAGUGAGCAAAAAGAACUGCGGAAGCUUUUGCUUCGUCGGAAGUCUAUGGCCGAAGUUAAUAACAACACCGAAGACAUUGGACUACCGGCCUUUCAGAAACAUGUCGCACUUCCUCUACAAUCUGUAGAAGAUUUUAAAUAUUUUGAAGAAGAACUAUUAAAGGAGGACGUCAGAAAAAACCUAGUGUACAUGCUAAGAAGCUUUUUCGAAAGAAACUUGGAUGACACAGUGAGACGAAUAUGGAGAGAAGUCAUGUCUGAUGACUUAAUGAAGCUUUACACCUGGAGCGGAACGCCGAAACCCAACAGCGGGAAAGAAAAAGGACUGGCCGUAAAAGGCUCAAGAUUAUUACUAGCGGUAAUUGAAGCUGUGAAACACGGCGAGUUCGAAAGAACAACUAUUCCAAAAAUAGAAAAUAUUACCCAAAUUUUCAUAAGGAAAGCUGUCGACCGACUAAAAACUAAGCGAUAAUAGCUAACUCAUGAUCAAAGACCCAUGGUUCCCUCAUUAUGACUAUUUUUCCUCUCGGGAAAGGGAUACCCUCUUGACCAUGACCAUGACUAACUUUAAUAUUUGUAUUUUUGGUCU